AAUGAGAGGAAGAGCUUCGCCGUGAAGCCAGAAAUCUGCACCUGCCAGAAUAUCUAGUUUUUAUCCGCUUUGUUUUUUUGUUUUUUUACUUUAAUACAGAUUGGAAAAUAACGUGUCUAGUUAGUCCAGCACCUAGGUGCGCUACUAAAAACACGUUGGUAGCCACGCAUCUUGGUUUGCUGACUGAAAAGGAUGGAUGUUCUUUUAUGCAACUCGCUCAGUUUUUUCCUUUGAUGUUUAAUUUUUCAGCAUUCUGCUGUGGGUUUCUUUACUUCAAGAGGACUAUUUAAAUGUUCCCAUCGCAAACAGUGGCUUGAUUACAGUUUUUGAAUUGUCAAGGAAUAAAAUAACGUUCGCCGCUUUUCGCUCCCUUUGAAGGACGGGUUGGACAAAUGCCUUCUCCAUACUCAGAUGAUGUGAGCCAGGCUAUCCAGCACCGCAGAAUACAGGUUCUGAAGAUGGAACGCCGCUAUCGAGACCUUGCUUACACUUACUAUGGAUGAUUUUCUAUUGCGUUUAACACGCUUUUUCCAGUGGGCUACCUGUGAUCGCCACAUUCUGAGUCAUUCAGCUCCACACUGAAUAUAGACUACCAACAGCUAUAUUCAACGAAAUACCAACAGCUGAUUUACGAGUUGGGUUAAAGCUGCUUGCUUUUUGUAGCCUAUAUUUGUGUCGGUGCAGUGGUCACCUCACCUGGCUGCAUGUUAAAAAUAGACUAUGCUAAUGAAAAUAACAAUUUGUUUUUGCCUGGAUUUCUAAUGUAGCUAGCCAGGAUUAUCUGGCUGAACACUGAGAUCCUUAAUCAAAUCAACAAAUGAUGACGGCAAAGUGUUCAACGUGUAUUUUUCUAAAUUUGCAACCAGUCUAAUAAAUGUCGUCGGUGAUGUAGUGAGUUUUUUCCUUUAUAUCUUAAUUAUUUCAAACAAACAUUUGCAUAUUAUCAAACUGGGGACUACGAAGAUGAUACUCUUUCGUAAAUUCCGAGUUUUAAUUCUCAUGGUGUUUCUUAUUGCGUGCACCAUGCACAUUAUGAUAGACUUGUUACCAAAGCUGGAGAGGCGAGCAGCAGGACCGAACACUGGCAACAGCGCCUGUUCCUGCUCUCAUAGACCGAGCGAGGAGCCUCAGAGCUGGGGAAAGCAACGAGCCAGAUCUGGAGCAGAUUCGGGAUGGCCUAAUAAGCAUACUUUGAGAAUCUUGCAAGAUUUUAGCAACGAGCCCACUUCCAAUCUUACUUCGCAUUCCCUGGAAAAGAUCACUGGGUCCAGUGACAAAACUGAGGCUUUAAAAAAGAUGGAACACUAUGCGCAGAAUGGAGAGACGAAGAAGCACUUCAUUCAGGACACGAAUGUCAUUAAGAAUCUACCUGUGAAGGCUUUUACCAGACUAUCAGCUCUGUUUGAACACCCUUUAUAUAAAACAACCCUGCCACCACUUACCGACGAAGACACACUAUUCAACGUCAACACUGACAUCAGAUUCAACCCAAAAGCUGCUGAGAAUCAAGAAUGGCACAAUGAAGGGACUGAAGAGGAGUAUCCACCUACUGGAGAGUCUUCUGCAGACUCCUACCCAAAUUGGCUUCGAUUCCACAUUGGAGUUAAUCGUUACGAAUUAUACUCCAGGCACAACCCUGUCAUGGAUGCACUGUUGAAGGACCUUGUCUCUCAAAGAAUCACCAGUGUGGCCAUGAAGUCUGGUGGGACUCAACUCAAGCUCAUAAUGACGUUCCAGAACUAUGGACAGGCGCUGUUUAAACCCAUGAAGCAAACCAGGGAGCAGGAGACACCGCCGGACUUCUUCUACUUCUCCGAUUUCGAGAGGCACAACGCAGAAAUCGCAGCCUUUCAUCUGGAUAGAAUCCUGGAUUUUCGGCGAGUCCCUCCGGUGGCUGGGAGGCUGGUCAACAUGACGAAGGAGAUCCGGGACGUGACUCGGGACAAGAAGCUGUGGAGAACAUUUUUCGUCUCCCCAGCCAACAAUAUCUGCUUCUAUGGGGAGUGCUCUUACUAUUGCUCCACAGAGCACGCUCUGUGUGGGAAGCCGGAUCAGAUCGAAGGCUCCCUGGCAGCCUUUCUCCCAGACCUGGCCCUGGCCAAGCGCAAGACCUGGAGGAACCCUUGGCGACGCUCUUACCACAAGCGCAAGAAAGCAGAGUGGGAAGUUGACCCCGAUUACUGUGAAGAGGUCAAGCAGACUCCGCCCUAUGACAGUGGCUCACGUCUGCUGGACAUCAUGGAUAUGACCAUUUUCGACUUCCUGAUGGGAAAUAUGGAUCGUCAUCAUUACGAGACAUUUGAGAAGUUUGGAAAUGAGACCUUCAUCAUCCAUCUGGAUAAUGGCAGAGGGUUUGGAAAGCAUUCACAUGAUGAGCUCUCAAUUCUUGUGCCUUUAAGCCAAUGUUGCCGAGUGAAGAAGUCCACCCACCUGAGACUCCAGCUGUUGGCCAAGGAGGAGUACAAGCUGAGCGCUCUGAUGGCGGAGUCGCUGCUGAAGGACCGGCUCACACCCGUCCUCAUCCCGCCUCACCUGGAGGCCCUGGACCGCCGCCUGCGUCUGGUCCUGCAGGUGCUGUCCGACUGCAUCGAGAAGGAGGGCUACGCCAAUGUGGUGGAGGGCGACCUGGCCGAGGACAGCACUCACACCGCCCCCAGCAGGAGGUAGUAGGCCCGAACCGGAGAGGGACCCUCCCGCCUGCUCAACAAGUCUUGCAAGAGACGCUCUUAUUUAUGCUACUUUUUGAAUUCAGUGAAUUCCAAGACUCCUUUACCCCGCUAUCACCUGUGUAGGCGUGUUUAUAUGCUGUGAUCAUACGUGCAGAUAUAUAAGCAUGCAUAAAUGAGGUGAUAGAUAUGGUCUUAAUAAAUAAAAAAAGGUUUUAUUGCUUAUAUGGUACAUAGGAGAAAGAGGAACUAAUUUCUUUUCUAUUGUCAAUUUGGUUUGAUUUUUGUCUUGUUUUAUAAUUUUUUUUGUUUGUUUGUUUCAGGUUUUGGAGUGCCGGUUUACUCCAAAAUCAUUUAGCCUGUCAACAUCAGUUGCCCUGAAGUUAUUUAUUGCGUUGCAUAUUUAUUUUAUUUGAGAAGUCACCAAUUUUAUCAAUUUCUUUAUACUGAUAACAAAACUGGUUAGGCUGAUAGAUCUUUGUCCAGGUGUUCAGAGUACAGAGGCAAAGGGGAGAGGUGGCACUGCCUUCAUACUGUAUAUACUGCAGAGACUGGAAAGGCAGUUGUUUCUUUAUACCUAUAUGUCCUACUGCUAACUUUGUUUCAAAUUACCCACUUAGAACAAACAAUAUUUGCUAUUUAAUGAGACAGGGAGCUUAAAACCUGAAACUAUUGAACAUGCCCAUGACCCACAUAGAACAUUCCUAGUCAACUACAGUAUACCCUCAUAUCUUCGACUACACAAUAUGUAUUAUCCAGAUUUUCAAAUAAAAUCAACAUUUUUGUUUUUAAAUAACCACAAAAUGUCAACAAGAGUUAGUGUUUAUUAUUGCUCUCAUAUAUGAAGUAGUAAUUAUAUAGUUAGGUUAACAUGCAGCAUUAAAUCUCAAGAUCUUAAAUAAAUGAGAAGCAAAGUAAAUAUUUUAUGUGACAAAGCAAUACAAAGAAACAAAUUAAUCGUAUCGGCAUAGUGUGUAUAAUGGCAGAAAUGGGUCAUAUUUGUGUUUGACUCGAAAUCACAGAACUUUUUUCAUUCUUUGUGACAUUGCUUCCUGGUUUCUGCAUGAAAAAUAAUUUUAAAAAUUCAUCAUUUCGUAUUCCAGAGGGUCAUGUUUUAUACAAAAAACUAAGAAGCAGCUUUCCCUGAAAUGAUUGACUCCAACUCAUCAGUGGCACUUUUGAAAUGAGAUAUACACUUUAUUCUUUCAUGUGUUUUGACGGAAAUUAUUGAAAAACACCCAAUAUGAACAAAACUAGUUGUAUUAUGUUUACACAAGUGUCAUUAAAUGUGCCUCAUCCCCUGUCUCAUCCCAAAAAGAAGUGAAUAGAAAAAGAAAUCAAAAAACUAUUAAAAUUUGUGGUACAUUAGAUGACUAUAGACAUGUAUGUAAAACUAGCACACCUAAAAACAAUAUUCAAAUGAAUUUAAAUUUUUCCCUUUGUAUCAGUGAAGGUGUUUUGAUGUUCUCUUAACUGCUAGUUACAAAACUAUGUACAUCCUGUAACUCAUAUAUUUUUAACCAGUGGCCCAAGCAAUUCCCAGAAAUAUUUUACCCUUUAUUCUGAAAGAAGAACAUUACAGUCUUCAUAUUCUUUACUAUCUCCUUCAAUUCACAGUUUUAUAAUUUAUUGAUUGGGCAGAGGCUUUUAGCCAAAAUGACAUACAAAAGAGAUUUGUUAUGCGUAAAAAAGUUUGUACCGCAGAUUUAAGUUCAUUAACUAUUCAUGAAGCUUUUAAGUAACCUUUGAAGUUCAUCUGUCAGUAGUUUAUAUAACAGAUAGGAAUCGUGCCUCUGCUUAUUUUAUUUUUUUUCCAUCAUAAAACAUUCUGGUGAAAUAUAAAUUCAAAUCAAAGUAUUUGAAAGCAAAAGUAGUUUGAUGUAUUAAACAUCUCAAAGGUCCUAAUGUGGCAUUUUCAUAUUUUGGUAAAUUCAACCAAAACCUUUUCCUCAGCUUUUAUGUUCUCAUGGAACAACCCUAGGUGCCUUUCAGUGAGGCAAUAUUGUGUACUAUUUUCAUUCAGUGUCAGACUAUAUAUAUAAAUAUUUCCAGCCUGAGUAACAUUUCCAACCACUUAGCAGCGCUUUAUUCAAAUUCACUAAAGUGCUAGCCAGUGCAUGCUUUAUAGAUGGUUAGUUAAGUUCUUCAAGUGCACUUAAAGUGUUCACAAAAAAAUACAGGGUGUAAAAUGCUGUUAUGGGUCGUUUGGUGUUUUGAUAUGGUCAAAACGUAUCUGGUCAUGACAAACAGAGAUGUACAAGCUCUAUUAGGGUUCUGCACAUGUUGUCUCAGCUGUAGCCUCCGCCCUGUUGGACGUAAGUGUGGAAGGCUUUUCCACCGUUGCCCAUUGAGCACAGUGAGAGAGAGAAUUUAAGAGAUAUUUGAACCCAAUGUGAUAUAAAAAGGGUGUGAAGGAUGAUGGCAAUUCACUGUUGUGCAUUUCCAUGCAGAAAUAGGCAUGGCCAGUGUAGUAUCAUUAUGUGGACUCCCUGCUGAGAGAGAUGGAAGGAUAUGAGGGGAUGUCAGCUGUGUGAAGACGGCCAUUACUAGCAGCACUACCCCUGUGGUGUGCAUUUCAUUAAAAGCAGACACUUGUGAAGAAAUGUCUCCCUCGUGUAUAGCAUUGUACCACUAGUUUAUUAAAAACUUAAUCUAGUGGCUAUCAAUCAGGUCACAAAUGUUGUUAUGUAUCUCUGUGGCCAUAGCUUAUGAUGUAGGUGAUGCAAUUUUCUGUCAGGUUUCUUGUCCAGUUAACUACUAUUGGUUAGUACUCAGUGAAUAAUAGCUCGCUGCCAUUGACUAUUAGUUACUUUACUGUUAUAUUGUCCUCAUAUAGCAUAAAUUUAGCAUUUAUUUCUAUCUGUUCAAUAUGAUUAUUCAUGGGGAAAACUGAUUCUCAAAAGCCAAGGGCAAGGCUCAGCUUAUGCAUAUGUUUCUGUGAAGUCUGUGCAGAACCCUAAUAUGGACUCUUGUGUGGACUCAAUAGUCACAUGCUUUUACAAUGUUAUCAGCUCUGAACUGAGCUUUAAACCAAUCAUACCCAUAUGUCACAUUUCGGCAUAUAAACUUAAUAAAUUGUUAUAAACUGUUAUGGUAUUGCUUCAAACGUGGGAAGCACAACCUGAGGCUGGUUAAAACCAAUUUUAAAUGAAAUGUUUAAAUUCAAAUGUAAGGUGUUUCAAAAUUAAGCCAACUUUAGAAAUCAAAGAAAAUCUAUGAUGUGCGCAUCCCUCACCAUUUGUAGUAUGUGUUGAAUUGUGCCUGACCCUCCCUUGUUUCUCCUUAUGUGAGUAGGUAUACAGUAAACCAGCAGAAAUUGACUGAAAAUCAGCACUGUUUAGAGAAAUCGUGUGGAUGUGUGCAAGUUUGUCUCAAUAUUUUGUGAAAAUCCUGAAUAACAAGGCCUGAAUGAAGGCAAUACAGUAUUUCCAAUGGCCCUAUGAGGAUACACGGACUGCCUGUUUGAAUUGUGCGAUAGCAUCACCUGGAUUGUAAAUACCAUCAUGUUAAAUGCUCUACUACAGAGUCGCUAUUUAGUCAAGGUACUUGAUGGAAAGGAAAGGCACUCUUUUGUGAUGUCCAGUUUACAAGCAUUCCUUCUAAGUAUUAAUUAGACUGUGCUGUUACAAACUCAACUAAGUGAGAGUUUAAUUUCCUCCAGACUUUUGUCCUCCAGAUUGUGUCUGAUAAUAGAGGUACACAAUAUUCACUGGAAGUUCAGUGUUAAACAAUGACUGUUUGCUUGGCUUCUUAUUUCCAUGUACAAUAUCAGGUGCCAGACCCAUGCAAUGGUUCCAUGUAUGUAUGUUUCCCAACCAUUGUUUACAAAGGCAUAGCAAUCCAUACAUACACUGAUAUGUUGCAUCAUUCUCGGAUAAUAAUAUUCUCAUCCAUUUCAAAAGAAACCAUUUCAAGGUACGCAUUUAUUAACAUGCUUGUGUUUCAUAUCAUAGCUUUUCUUUCUGAAAUUAUAUUAUUUAUUGAAGUCUGAAUCAAUUUAGAUUCCAGAGGGAAAUUACUUUAGUUUUUUUGUUUUUUGUUUUUUGUUUUCCUGUAUUAAUGUUUCUGUUUUAUGGUAUGUCCAGAUGUUUAUCUCUUAUUGAUCUGAAAGAUAGGGUGUAAAUGUAUUUACUGUCAGACAGCAGAGUGCAAUGCUAGAGUAAAUAUUAUAAUUACAUCAGAGAAUGAAUAUUUGAGUAAACCCAGUGCCUGUGCAAUUAUAUGAUAGAAAUACUUGAAUGUUUGGGUUCACUAUCAAAACAGAACAUUUAAAAAUGUUUUUCUUUACCUAGAAUCAAAAACGACAAAGAGGUAACGAGGGCAUGGGAUGUAGUCCAUCCUCUCCUGGAAAUGGCGGCCAAGAGACUACUUAAUAUCUCUCCUUCAGUUUUCAUAGUACAAUGUAAAUAACUAUAAAUACUUUGAGAACAAAAUAAGCUGUAUUUCUGCAGCAAUAGGCUUCUUUUUCUUUUGAGCAUUGUUUCUGUGGAAUUUGUUUGCAACAUGUUAAAAGUGCAAUAAAACUAAAUGGCAAAAA